GCUAGAGACCCUAGUUGGCAGGAUCCCUGUCCGGAUUCUGUGAGUCUUAGAUUGAGUCAGUAGGUUUGUACGUGGUGAGUUUUGGAACCGUCAACCCGGUUGUGCACUUAUCACCAUGGUCGAGACCCGUAGUGGGACCAACACUAGCCCCUACACCCAGGAGCAACAAGAGAAGAUGGUCGCCUUAGUAAGAGAUAAUAAGGAGAGGAAAGAGCUCCUGAAACAGGCGAAGCUAAAGGCAAUCGUAGAGGAGCAGGCGGCGAAGAUGAAGGAAUUGGAGGAGGAGAUGGAGAAAAAGAAGAAGGCUGCUGAAGAAGAAGCGGCAUCAGAAGCAAAAGAGCAGAGGAAACGCAGGGAAGUAAAAGGAGAGAGUAGUGGCACGGCGAAUGAGGACGCCGCCAUGGAGAAGAGAAUCAGCGAGUGGAUUGCUAAUUUAUCAUUGGGGGAAGAUGAGGAGGCAGAGUUUUAUGUGCCCCAUGACGAGAGGGACGCGUUAGCCAGUGAGCUAGCAGCAAUGGAGGACCCUCUGGAACGGCGAGAAAGAGAAGAAGAGAAGAAGUUGGAGUGGAAACUGAGGAUGAAAAGGGAAAAGAAGAGCAGGAGGGACGAAGUUAAUAGGCUGACCGAGGAGGUGGCAAAAAUGAGAGAUUGUAGACAAGAGGUGCAGGCGCAGCCAGACAUUUCUGCCAAGAUGGAUAAGGUGUUGGGUUAUCUGGAAGUGUUGAGUGCGGCCUGGAUGGAGGAGCACCAAGCAAUAGGGGUCAGGAUGACCCUCCAAGAACAUCAGGGUCAUUUGAGGCAAGUCUUGGAGAAGCUGAGAGAAACUAACUUCAAGAUUAACGCGAAGAGCUUGGGCCACGUGUUAGACGGAGAUGGCAUUAAGCCAGAGGACAGCAAGAUAGCGGCAAUUAGAGACUGGCCGAUGCCCCGCACGUUGACUGAGUUGCAGUCGUUCCUAGGCCUAGCUAACUACUAUAGGAAGUUCGUGAGGAACUUCUCUACUAUCGCCGCUCCCUUGCGCAGGUUGCUUAAGAAAGAGGCAAUCUGGCAAUGGGAUAGAGACUGUACGUCUGCGCUAAAGAAGUUAAAGCGCGCGUUGAUAGAGUAUCCUGUCCUCAAAGUAGCUGAUCCGUCUUUACCAUUUGUCGUCACCACGGACGCGAGUCGGUAUGGUAUAGGCGUCGUGUUCCAGCAAGAUGACGGCAAUGGCUAUAGACUCGUAGAGUUCAUGUCACCGAGGAUGCUUUCAGAGAUAGUAGCCACCUCGACGUAUGAGAGAGAACUCUACGCUCUCAGGCAGGCUUUAGCGCAUUGGAAACAUUACCUGCUUGGGAGGCACUUCAAAGUCUACUUAGACCAUGAAACACUUAGAUGGUUAAAGACCCAGGCCAAAAUGACACCUAAGUUGACUAGGUGGGCCGUUGAGAUAGACCAGUAUGACUUUGAGCUCAAACCGGUCAAAGAAAAGUACGACGUAGUUGCGGAUGCUCUAAUUCAGCAGGCCGAUGAAGCACUUCUAGUGUUCCUCGAACGCCUCCAGCAGUAUUCGGAGACGACGGCAGCUGAACUGCGCAAGUGGGAAGAGGAGGAAGCCGCCCGCCAGCAUGAAAUUCAACACCAGCUGGCAGAGGCAGAGGCAGCACGUCUGCAGGCCGCAGCAGAAGCUGCAACAGCCGCACGGUUGCAACAGCAGCAGGUCGAGGCAAGUCAAAACCAAGCUCGUUACCAAGCCACCAUGGAUCUUGAUCGCGACGAAGCCACGUACGCUAUGCUACUUCGACGACAACAUUUCCAAGAGACCGAAGAACAAGAAGAGCCAACCGAGGAAGAAAGGGACAAGGAAGGGACAACAGUUCUAAUGGAGACUCUACUGUACACAUGCAAUUGGCAGCAACGUGAACUGCUCGCCAUGCGGCAGGUCCUCAUCCGCCAUGAAACAACACUCAAGGCAAUGGACAAGAGGAUCGCGACCCUGCAGACCGAGAACAGCACACUACACGCCGCCAACAGCCAGCAGCAGACACUCAACCACCAGUUGCAGGCAGACGUCAGCAUGGGGUUGGCACAACUGUCAGCAGCUGCGUCAACGGUCAGUGCAGCGGUAGACUGCAGCCCAACUUUGGUCGUGCAGGCCAAGCAACUCGAGGAACGGAUCAACCACUUGCUCGCAUCCCUCGGCAACAUCAGCAAGUUUGCUGGAGCAUCGACAGUCAGCAGCUGCAGACGCUCAGCGACCACGUUGACCAACGACCGGCCGCUGCCGCCAAGGAAUGGAAGAUGUCGAACUUCAAGUUCGACGACUAUCACAAGACUGAUCCGCUGCAAUGGUGGAUGACUUUCAACGCAGAGGCGGAUGUACAUCACACACCCGCCCAUCGGCGGCUUGACGCACUCUACCUCCAACUCAUUGGAAGCGCGCAGGCUUUCAUGA